GUUUUUCAUUGUCAGCUCAUAAUAUCGAGAAAAAAAAAAAAAAAAACCCGAGAAGAAACGAACAUUUUUACGUACCUAUCGACGAUUAAUGGCGAAAAUACAUCCGAAUUAUACGUCAACGAGCAGUAGUAAUAGUAGUUGCUGUGUUUCUUCAUCAGAAAGAGAAACAUUCACAGUUUGGAUGAAGUCCUUGGUGUUUCAUGGGAAUGGUUGCACUGUGUUUAACUCUAGAGGCGACGUCGUUUUCCGGGUGGAUAAUUACCAGCAGCGAUGCAGCAGAAAAGUCUACCUCAUGGACUCCAAUGGCAAAGUUUUGUUCACUAUAAGUAGAAAGAAAUUACCAAUUUUUGGAUGGUGGGAGGGGUUUAAAUGGACUGGUAACUCUAGGGUUGGCGUGGAGAGGCCAUGGUUUCAAGUGAGAAGAACUCACCCUAUUUUGAGCAAAGAUGUUUCUUGCAUUGUUAACCUUAAAAGUGACGAAAACAUGGGUAGUUGCUACAGAAUCAUAGGGUUGGAAGGGAAAUCCGCCCUCAAGAUUCUCGACUUUUCAGGGCAAAUUGUUGCCGAGGCUACACAAAAGCAGUCAUCGUCAGGAGUUCCUUUGGGAGAAGAUGUAUUGGCAUUGAUGGUGGAAGGCAAUGCUGAUAGAUCACUUAUUAUGGCUCUUGUCACAGUUUAUGGCUUGAUCAACAAUAAGCUGUAGAGGUCAAUACUAUGUACAGCCAAACAUGCCAUUAGUGCUUUUUUGAGAGAAAGGGGAAAAAGCUGGGAAGGAAGACAGAUUAAUUUAGAGAGUUUUGGUGUAAAUUUGCUUUAUGGAUCCUAAAUUUUGUUAUGUAAAUGCUUUAUUUGUUUGAAAUCAAGAAAGCCCCUUUUUCUUAUAGAAAAAAG